AUGCGUCCCUCAACUCCCAUUUCGUGGCUCUCCAGCCUCCUCCUCAUCUCCGCCACAGCCACAGCCUACGACUCAAUCUCUUUUACCACCUGGAACUGCACCGCAUGCAACCCCGAACCCGGCACCUUCUGCUCCGUCGGCACACGCUCUCAGCUGCCUCCCGACCAGUGCUUUAGCAUGUGGCCCGGUAGCACCUACAUCAAGAGUUUUGAUGCCAUCAUUCCAUCCUGCCAAGUGAAUCUCUACCUAGCAGGCGACUGCACCGGCACAGCAGAAGUGCACAAGGAGAACGAAGGCCAAUGCGAGCCCAAGGGACCAGCCAACUCUUUCAAGAUCACUUGCUAG